AUGGCUUCGGCGGGCAAACCGAACAUCGACGAUGGCAGACGGGGCACCAGUUCUCCGAAGCUUAAAGGACGCGAUCACGCGAAAGACACAUUAUGUCGAAAUGUGACCAUAUACGGCCGCUGUCGUUACGAAGAUAAAGGCUGCGUAUUCAACCAUGAUCCGUCACGGGUCAAUGACGCCCAGCAUCCGGAAAGAAGUAGCAGCAAGAAGCGCUUUAAUGUGGACUCACCCAGCUUCACACCAUCCGCUACUCCCCUCAAUGGCUCCUCCGGCUUAAAGAAGUCCGCUACUAUCUCUCCAAAGGCCGCCAAUGCUGCGCCGUUUCUUCCCAAAGGGGUCCUUUCGAGAUCAAAUGCUGCUACGCCUCAGAGCCAACCGGAGACCUCUACACCUGAGUGGUCCAUAGGCGAGAUCCAAGAUUUCGUUCCGCAAGGGUUCGACACUUCGCAUGUUGAAAGCAUACAUGGACACGGCAACGGAGUCCUUUCAACUCCUGCUUAUGAUCCGUUUGUCUCUUCUUCCACACCGUUGGGAGCUUCUGGUGCUGUCACCCAUCAGGUGCAGCCUAACCCAUACUCCCACGAUCCAUCUGCGAUCGGCGGGGCGGCUUUUUUUGGAGCCCACAACGCGUUCCAGCAGCCGGUUCAAUACCACUUGUACGCCCCAAUUGGACCACAUAAUCAAAAUAUUUUAGGUUACCAAAGGAACAUCCAUGACCUGUUUCUUCCCAAUUCCUUUCGAGAGGAAUUGCAAAAGAAAGCUGCAGCUACCCUUCAGACACUACCUAAUUCGCAACUCCCUACCCAGAUAGAUUACUUUCACUCUCUUGUCCCGCUUGAUCUCUCCCAUCAGAAGAACGCCGCCAUUUUUGGGUACCCGAGUUGGGUUUAUAAGGCUCAAUCCAGCAAAGAUGGAAACUUUUACGCUCUCAGGCGUCUGGAAGGUUUCCGUUUGACAAAUGAAAAAGCGAUCCGAUCAGUGCAGAACUGGAAAAGAGUGAGCUGUGGCAGCGUGGUCACUGUGCACGAUGCCUUUACCAAUCGAAGUUUCCAAGAUAGCUCCUUGAUCUUCGUUACAGACUACCAUCCGUUAUCUAAAACCCUGGCGGAGCAGCAUUUAGCCGAUGGGCAAGGUCGCUACCAGGGUCGUCAUACCUCCGGGCAUAUUCCAGAGCAAAUUCUCUGGAGCUAUGUGACCCAAAUUGCGAAUGCGCUGAAAGCGAUUCAUAGCGCGGGUCUUGCUGCUCGCGUCAUCGAACCAAGCAAAAUUCUGCUUACCGGCAAGAAUCGAAUUAGAUUGAAUGCGUGCGGCAUUUUGGACGUUGUGCAAUUCGAUUCUCAGCGACCCCUGGCUGAUUUGCAACAUCAAGACCUCGUUAACUUCGGACAAUUAAUCCUCACACUCGGGGCCAACUCGCCUUCACUAAUGCAUAACCCAACGAAAGCCACGGAGCAUUUCAACCGCAGUUACAGCGCUCAGCUCAAUAAUUCCGUCUACUGGCUACUCAGUGGUAUGCAAAAAGAUCAAGAACGGACUAUCGAUAUAUUUAUCUCCGGUAUAUCUUCACAACUUAUGUCGACCUUUGAUUCGUCGCUUCAUCUUGACGACCAACUUAUUUCCGAUCUAAGCCGGGAAUUAGAAAAUGCCCGGCUCGUCCGCUUGCUCACCAAACUCAACUUCAUCAACGAACGACCAGAAUACGAACACGAUCGUCAAUGGUCAGAAAAUGGAGAACGUUAUUUCCUAAAAUUAUUCCGCGAUUAUGUGUUCCACCAAGUCGAUGCGCAGAAUGCACCUGUGGUGGAUCUAGGUCACGUAUUGACCUGUUUGAAUAAAUUGGAUGCGGGAACCGAUGAGAAAGUUACCUUAAUCAGCCGCGAUGAACAGUCGUGCUUCAUUGUGUCGUAUAAGGAGCUGAAGAAAGCUGUAGAAGCGUCUUUCCAGGCGCUUCUCAAACCAGCGCGGAGAAUCUGAUGAUAGACGUACCUCGAUUGCUCUCUUGGCAGGACCUGGACAUCCCUUUGUUAGUCGUGAAGCUGUUGUGGAAUGAAUUGACAGUGUUUGAAAAGCUGCAAAACAUAUCAGGUGCUUAUUUAUUAAGCAUCUACGUUGUUCUGUCUCUCUAGCUAUAUGCGUUUUGAGAAUGUCUUUCUAUAUUAUACCAUGCAAGACAAGAGAAACCUGGGGUCGGAACCUUUUCUUUCUUUUUUUUCCUGGUUUAUGCAGGAACCAUGCAAAAUUUUGGAAGAUUGCAGAAGUUCAGGAGGGAUGAUUUAUAGUAUGUUAGAAAAAAAAUUGAGAAAAUAUAGUAUAAAUGUUUCUUAUCUUCUCUUUCGA